UAGGUUAUACCGUAUGGUCCAUGUUAUAUACUCUGAUACAGUAGGUGGCGGCAUGUCCAAAGCCAUGGUUGCAACCCGCCAUUUCACCAAAGAAGAAGAAAUUAGCCAAGAUGGUGAGGGUGAAAUCAAGAUAUUUAUUGUGUGAGGUUCACGUGUCAGACAGGAACCGUCUGUGGCUCCUAGAUGACCGAGCCAUCUCUGGGGCGGUGAAGGGAGCAGUGGCCCGCAUUCACGGCGACUAUGGAGCGGCGCUGUGCAGUAUCCGGUUCUCUGUGAAAUACCUGAAUACCCACACUGGAAUGGUCUUCCUGCGUUUCCCCAAAAGAUGCUACAGACUCCUUUGGUCGGCAUUGCCCUUUAUCACCAGUAUAGAAACACGUCGGCAGAAAAUACCUUGUUUUCUCAACUGUCUGCACAUAGGAGGAACCAUUAGAACAUGUCAGAAGUUCCUGGUGCGUUACAACACACGGCAGCUCCAUCGGAUGCUUCCCAACUGUCAUAAUGAAGAAGAAAGGAAACAGAUUCGCAAAGCCAUUUUAAGUUGCUCAAUAAUACAAGGAGCAUUUGAAAAUAAACCAGAGAAUGAAGAAGAAGAAGAAGAAGUAACUUUGCCAAACACAGGACAUGGAAUUUAGCGCUGCUGUCUAUCUUCACUGCCGUGUCAUGAGGAGUGGUGUGUGACUGGACUGGCUCCUCCAUGGUUUUGUCGACAUGCAGGUCCAGGCUCUCCUGCUCUGUCGGCCAGGUCGCUGUCACCCCGCAUGAGGCCGACUUUACUGCCAUGUAGUCUAUAAACAUCACUAUUAAGACAUGCUCAUUUAAAAUGCAUUUAAAGACUUGCUGUCUGCACUGGGGGUAUGGGAUUUUGUUGAAGUGUAUCUGUUUAAAACUGUCAUACAUGUAAAAAAAUAAAUAAAUAAAUAAACUGAAAAUUGCAUCAAUUUCACUUUAUUCACUGAUUUGGCCCAAGUAGACAAAUCCCUGAUUAACAUUUUGCCUAAUAAUCUUUUACAUUAUAGUUAAAGGGCAUUAAGUGUUGGAUUAUUCACCGCCUAAUAAGGAACGUGGGCUGGGAUUUGAAUGUGAGCUGGCAUUAGACAGUCG